AUGUCGUUCUCUUCAGCCACCGCGUGCUGUUGUUCGUCGUCGUCGGCGCACUCUUACGCGACGGCAUCAUCAUCAUCAUCGAAAAACAGAGGAGGAACGAAUAAAACAUCGACAUCGUUACGGCAAAAAUCGAGAAGCGUGACGAGAGCAGUCAAAGUGGCUGCGGACGCUGAAACUGCCGAGAAUACGACGACGACGACGAAUACUAGCGCAGCCCCAGAAGCGGCAUCAUCAGCAGCAGCAUCGGUAUCAUCAGCAGCAGCAGCGACGACGGAGAAACCAGAGCCGGAGUUGAAAUCAGACAUGGGCGUGGACUACGCCCCAUUCCGAGACCUCUUGAAAUCCGGCGAGUGGGAAAAAGCGGACGACGAACACAGACGCCUGAUGUGCGUCUUGGCGGGUGAAGACGCCGAGGACCGAGAGUGGGUGUAUUUCACCGAGGUGAAAAAUAUGCCGGUGACUGAUUUAAAAACCGUCGACGCUCUUUGGUCGCACUUCUCCGGAGGAAGGUACGGGUUUGCGAUUCAGAGAAAGUUAUGGGUGGCACAAAAGAGGAAUUGGGCGAAAUUUUUUAAGAAAAUCGAUUGGACGACGGGAGAGAAUGGGGACUAUCGCAAGUUUCCGAACGAGUUUUUAUGGCGAGCGGACGCGGCGCCGGGGCACAUGCCGCUGACGAACGCGUUGAGAGGGACGCAGUUGUUUGAGGCGUUGAUGGAGCACCCGGCGUUUGCGCCGCCGAAGACGGCGGCGGAGAUUCAAGCGGAGGAGUUGGCGAAGGUGCAAGACCAAGUUACCGGCGCGGUUUCGAGAGCGCAGGGCGAAUUCGGAGACUUGAUGAGAAAAGGUUUGAAAGGCUUGAAGAAACCGGAUUGGAUGUCUUGA